CAAAUUAUUAGGUGGACGAGCUGUAUUGUCAAUCCGAAGCCAGUGUCAGGUAUGUCGCGAGACAGGCAGGUGUGAUGGCCGUGUGCCAGGCAGCUGCUUCAGGAUUGCUACAAAUAAAUCUUCUCAUUUCACGAGCUACACAGCUGUCGGCAAGUUACUCUGCUAGAAUAUGUCUUGGCCAUUACAAUUGUGCAUCAAGAAGGUGCUCAUCAUGCUCAUUCAACACUCAACACAUUCCACAGCCUAAACACCAACUUGUAAUUAUAUCCAAGUUUUCUACAUCAAGAAAAAUACAAUUUUCAGUGUUCUUUAAGUUUAUAAGGACAAUGGAUAGUAAUCACAGUUCAGAAAUUGAAGAUGCUAUUGAAGAGACUGACGCUGUUUUAAAUGAAAUACAGAAGAGACAGCGAGACUCCAUAGAUAGUAGUGGCGAGAGCCCUCCGUCCAAGAAGCCUCAGCAAGAGGAAUCUCUCUCCGAGUCAUUGAAUUUAAAGCAUCUCCAGGAUGACAGAAUAAGCAUAGGUGGCGUUAAUUAUGAAUCUGUCAGUGCAGGUUUAUUGAAAAAUAAUGACAGGCAUAGAGAGUGUGGGUCUUCAGAACUUGACCAUAAAUUGUUUGAGAAUACUGUACAAAAAGAUGAAGAAAAUACUUUUAAACAGAGCUUGUCACAUGAGAGUACAGUUGAUUCCGGCUCCUUUGUCAGUCCACAUAAGGAUUUCAGUGAUAAGGAUGUUGAUGGUAGUUAUCAAGAAAAACCAAUCAAGGGUCCUUCCAAGACAUUCGGCUCAAAUUUGUCCCUGAGCAUGAGUGUGUCACAAGACAGUCUCGACCAGGAUGCGUCUUUGACAGAAAGUAUUGACCAGGAUAUUUCCUUAGCAGAAAGUGGGAAUAUUUCAUCUGGGGUCUUUGAAACCGAGUGUGAAUCACUUACCACCAGUGAGGUCUUUCCAGAUGGUAACCUUGGUAAAUCUGGAGAAAGCUCAAAAGUUACCGACUCAAACAAACCCAUUAGCGAAAUCACAGAAUCUGUUCCUCCUGCUAAAAAAAGCAAACAUAAACAGUCAAAAGAGGAAAAAAAGAAAAAGAAAGGCAAAAAACGAACUAAAAAACUUGGAGGGACUGCAGUGUGUGAGGAUGGUGAGAAUGUGAACCUGAGGCCCAACUAUUUCCUGGGGAUCCAAAUAACUAAUCCUGAUAUUCACAAGGCCAUUGUCAAGGUUCAGGAAGAUAUGUUGGCAUUCGAUGAAUCUCUGACCAGAUCAUUUGUGGAUGCUGCCACCUCUCACCUCACUCUUCUCGUGGCCUACAUAGACACUGAGGAGUCACUUCAAGUAGCCCAGUCAGCAAUGGACGAAUGCGCCAGCAGGCUGAUGGGUGACUUAACCACUAAUCCGCUCAAGUUGACAUUCUCUGGAGUGAGCCAUUUUUCAAACCACGUUGUUUUUGCAAAUAUAGUUGAAGAUGAGCAGUACCAGCGAUUGAUGGAGGUAGCGGAAAGUGCUCGGACCAUGUUCUCAGAGAAGGGCGUGUGCAUGCCAGACACUCGGGUUCUUCACCCCCAUCUCACUAUAGCAAAAUUAUCCAAGGCACCAAAAAUAAGAGGCAAGCGUACCCCUCGAAAGAUUGAUCCUUCAGGAUACAAACAACAUUUAGAGCUUAACUUUGGGUACCAGAUAGUAUCUGGUCUACAACUACUGGCUAUGAACAAACCCAAGGAUGAGAAACGAUACUAUUACAGUUCUAAGGACAUAACAUUCAAUGUGAAGUACGAAGAAAGCACAGAUCACUCACACUGUUGCUUCCCUAGGAGACCUCUGCUACAAAAACAAAAUGUCAAACAAGAGCGUUCUUUAUCAACCAGUUCAGAGUCAUUACCAGAUUCCUCCCCGGACUGGUUGCUGCCUACAAUUGGAGUAAUGACAGCGCUGGCUGUGAUUGUGACGUUUGGUCUCUUUGUAGUCAGAUUUCAGAACAAACCUUGAUAAAUGUGUCCAAUGCUGGUGGCUGUCGUGGCGGUGAGUCUUAAUGAUGAUAGAUUUUGGGACAAACCUAGACGAACUUGCCGAAUAAUACUGGCAGGUAGCUACAUUUAAUCUGGACAUGGCCAGACUUCAUGGCUAAUUUUGAGCUAAAUCUAUAUCUGUAAAGGAAUGAGUCUGUCCAAAAGAAUAUCCAAGGUUAGAGGUUUGUGGGUAGGCACACACAGCUUCCCACAGUGGUUUGUGAUUCUAUGGGGAUGUCAUAGGGGAGGUCACGGUCAACCCCCCCAUUACCCCUCAUUAAGUAGGAUUGGCUCCUAUUGCAACAAACAAUGACUCCUAUGAAGUCCAAAAGGGUGGUUUUGAGACAGCUUUUAACUGAUUUUCAGAUGUUCAUCACACAAUGUAACUACAACAUUACAUCAGGGUAACAAUAGUAAGACUAAUGUUGUGAUUAUGUUGUAUGCUUGCUAGGCACAUAUAUUGCAUGUUCAGAGCGGGAGAGGGGGGGGGGGAGGAAGAGGGCGAGAGGGAGGGAGACAGAGAACAAUAGAGAGUGGGGAGAAUUAACAGGAGAGAGUUAAAGAGAACAGUAUAGGGAGAGGAAGGGAAGGAAGGAGAGAAUGGGAAGACAGAAGGGAGAGAAAAUUGGAGGGAGGGAAAGAGAGCAGUAUGGGGGAAAGAAUUUGAGGGAGAGAGGGGGAAGAGACAGACACACAGACUCAGGCGAGAGAUCUAGGCACUGCUAGUACCUGUAUAAAAUAACUAAUCUAACCCAUCAGGUGUAUUGGAAUCUCUUGAUGGCAUUUAUAAAAUGCUACUGGUUUUGUAAUUUUUUCUGAAGAUAUUGGUGACAUUGUACAUAAUGCUUUUGAUAUUUAAGGUAAUUACAGUAAUAAAUAUCAAAUUUUCUA